AUGGAGACACGCCAACGUCAGCCGUCACGAAAAGAGAACGUCGGCUGUUGGUUUGAGAUCACAGGUGAGAGAGGCGGUUCCGAUACCCAGGAAGAUGGCGGCAGUGAUAAUCUCGAGGAGGUUCAACAGAGGAAACCGUCAGAUGGAGGCCCACUGGAAGAGGGAUCAGUAGGUCUCAUGUUUCCCAAAGAUCUUCCCGAAGAAGAGCCAGAUUCAGAAGCUCAAGCCUGUUCAUCUCGUGAGAUGUUACUGAUUGUGAGCUUCCCCAUCCUCAUCAAAAUGGUCAUCACCGCCGCUCUGCUAGACUGCACUUUUCUGGUCAAUGAUGGCCGGCGUAUUGUUGGGGGAAGUUUGGCGGUCAAGGAUAAGUGGGGGUGGCAGGUCAGCUUGCACUGGAGAGGGAAACACGUCUGUGGAGGUGCCAUCAUCUCCCCUCACUGGGUCAUCACUGCAGCUCACUGCUUUGUUGAGAACAACAUGCUCGAAGCGGCCGACUGGCUGGCAGUGGUGGGCACAGUCAGCAUCGCCGACAGCUCUCAGGGGAGACGCUACAGAGCGCUGCAGAUCCUCUACCACCCUCGCUUCAACAGGUACAACAACGACUAUGAUGUGGCCCUGCUGCGCACCGUCACUGACAUGGACAUGAAAGGUGGGGUGCGACCGGUCUGUUUACCCAGUCCAAGCGAGUCCUUUCCUCCUGGAGCAACCUGUUGGAUUACAGGCUGGGGUUACAUUCAUGAAGGAGGCUUUGUGUCAACUGAGCUACGGCAGGCUCAGGUCAAGGUAAUAGCUCAAUCCAUCUGUGCCGACGUGAGCGUCUACGGCAUGUACCUGACUCCACGAAUGAUUUGCGCUGGCACCAUGAGCGGAGGAGUGGACUCCUGCCAGGGAGACAGCGGUGGACCCCUGGUGUGUGAGACGGCCAGUGGGGACUGGAGGCUGGCAGGGGUGGUGAGCUGGGGAGAGGGAUGUGGACGUCCCAAUAAACCAGGCGUUUAUAGCAGAGUAACCCACCUGAUCGACUGGGUUCAAAGACAUAUGGAGGACAAACCAGAGGAACUGAAGGCAGCCAUGACAGCCACGACGGACACCUCAAUAAAGCCUGACACUUAAUCCACAAUAAAGAAGCAAAUCUUCUGCA